AUGACUUGCCCCAAAAGGAACAGAGCUCUGAUCAUUGUCAAUUAUCAGUUCCUUUGGGCCAAAGAAGGAUUUAGACCAAGACUGGGGGCCAGAAGGGAAGCAGACAACCUUUUUAAAGCACUUUCCAAGUGCAAUUAUGACGUGAGGUUGUUUCUGGAUUUGACAGCCAAAGAAAUAGAAGAAGUGUAUAAGGAAGAAAGCCGGGCAGAACAUGGGAAAUAUUUUGUGAGCAUCCUCUCAAGCCAUGGAGAAGACGGCUGCAUAAUGGAUUGCCAAGGACAAGCAUUAAAGCUAACGCGCAUUUAUAAGAUCUUAUCUUCUGAAAGGUGUCCGCAUUUGGCAGGAAAGCCUAAAAUCUUCUUCAUACAGGCGUGCCGUGGAAACAGAUUUGAUGAUGGCAUCUACCUAGAAACAGAUAGUGCACCUGAGGAAGACUGUUUCUCACAUUACCUAUCUAUUCCUGAAAAUACUGCUGUUAUGUUUUCUUGCAGCCCAGGCUGUGUUUCGUUCAGCAAUCAGUGGGAAUCCAUGUUUCUCAAAGCAUUACUGGAAGCGCUAAAAGGAGAGGAAAGAAAACUGAAAGUCACCAAACUCAUGACUUGGAUUAACUGGAAGGUUGCUUUCUUUUGUGAAGCAAAAGGAACUGGCUAUAAGGGCAAAAAGGAGAUGCCCUGUUUUGUCACAAACAUGGUGGAGAAGGUUUACCCUUUCAAACAAGACAGAGAAUGCUCGGAUUAGCCAGAUCACUCCAACCCUACAAAUACAAUUCAGUCGUCGGUUCAUGAUGCCGUUUGAUUUUUCACUUGCUGCAUUUUGAUUCAGACAAUUAUAAUUUAUUCAACCAGUCAGUUACAGUACCCAUAAUUUAUUGUUGUCUGAAUGUGUCCAUUCAUAUCAAGCUAGGAGAGAAACAGGAUGGGGAUACUUUAAAAAAAGAAAUGGUUUAAGAAAUACAUACUCUUACUGGAAAUAAAAAUAGAGUCAUAAUAGCUGCAUAGAUGUUAUACAGCACUUUGCCUUUGAAGGGAAAAAGUAAAGUGGUUGUGUGUGCUUGUGUAAGCAGCUCCUUAAAGCUAUGUCUUUUUUGCCAGUAUCUGUGACAAUGCUAGGAAAAGAUGUGUUGAUUGAAGUGGACGUCAACCGAUACUAUGUGUUCUCCCAUGCACUCUUCCCACUUUGGAUCCAAUGCUUUGAACAACCCUUGUUUGCAGCAAAUGAAACAGAAUGUGUCCAUGUUGCCCACUGUUUAACAGAAGAGUGGAAUGCAAAUUCUUGAAAUAAAUUAAGUAA